UGCGCAGGGGAGCAGGGCCAGGCGUCCCUGUGAUGAGCAGCCAGAGCAGCUGGGCUGUGCCUGCCUCCCCACCCUGCCUGCUUGGGACCCCUCUGCCGCAGGACUUCCUCCGGCUCCCUCCCACUUCCUCCCACAUCCAGUGGGGACCAGGAAGGGAGUGGUCAGGCGUGCAGAUCGUGGCAGGACAGCUGGUGGUCAGUGACUAGCAGUUGGGCCAGGUGGCACUGUCCCCGGUCUGGUUCCUGUACAGCCUGCUGAUGAAGCUCUUCCAGCGCUCCCCGGCACCGGCCAUCACCCUCGAGAGCCCGGACAUCAAGUACCCGCUGCGGCUGGUUGACAAGGAGGUGAUCAACCAUGACACCCGGCGCUUCCGCUUCGCUCUGCCCUCACCCCAGCACAUCCUGGGCCUCCCCAUUGGCCAGCACAUCUAUCUCUCGGCUCGAAUUGAUGGCAACUUGGUCAUCCGGCCCUACACGCCUGUCUCCAGCGAUGAUGACAAGGGCUUCGUGGACCUCGUGGUCAAGGUUUACUUCAAGGACGUACACCCCAAGUUUCCUGCCGGAGGGAAGAUGUCCCAGUACCUGGAAAACAUGCAGAUUGGAGACACAAUUGAGUUCCGGGGCCCCAACGGGCUGCUGGUCUACCAGGGCAAAGGGAAGUUCGCUAUCCGUCCCGACAAGAAGUCCAGCCCCAUUGUCAAGACGGUGAAGUCUGUCGGCAUGAUUGCAGGAGGGACCGGCAUCACCCCGAUGCUGCAGGUGAUCCGUGCUAUCAUGAAGGACCCCAACGACCACACCGUGUGCCACCUGCUAUUUGCCAACCAGACUGAGAAGGACAUUCUGCUGCGGCCUGAGCUGGAGGAGCUGAGGACCCAGCACUCCGCCCGCUUCAAGCUCUGGUACACGGUGGACAAAGCCCCUGAAGCCUGGGACUACAGCCAGGGCUUCGUGAACGAGGAGAUGGUCCGGGCCCACCUGCCGCCCCCAGAGGAGGAGCCACUGGUGCUGAUGUGCGGGCCGCCGCCCAUGAUCCAGCUGGCCUGCCUGCCCAACCUGGAGCUCGUGGGCCACGCCAAGGAGCGCUGCUUCGCCUUUUGACGGCUGGCUGCUCCGCCGCCCACCAACCCACCCGCCCGCCCACCCUGCCCUGCCGUCCCCUCUCUCUGUCUAGGUCACACACUGGGCCCCGGGUUCAGCCUGGCCUGCCCGGGCCCUGGUGGUCACCCCCUCUGAGCUGGCCCCUCGGGAGUGGCUGCUGUGUGUGUCCACUGGGCCAUACGAGCUACUUUGAGGUCAGGGUCCUGCCCCUGGCCCCCCACCCCGGCACACACUACAGGCUGAGCUGGCAGCGGCCCAGGAGCCGAGUUAGACGGAAGCACGCACACACAGCCGGGAGCAGCGGGGUCCAGGCUCUGCCGCACCCCUGCCUGGGCGCCUGACACUACACCGAUGGAUAACACCCUCAGCGGCGGGCGGCCCCUUUGGCUGCGGCCCUCCUGCCACCCCAGCUCAGCAGGGGCACCCAGGAGGUGCUGGCCUCAACCACUUUGUCCCAGACAUAGCCUGCCCGUGCGUCGGCCCCGGGUCUGAAGCAUGUCCGGGCCAGCCCUGGGCAGCUGCGAUGUUGCCUUCACACAGCUCUGUUAGCCUCUUGCCUAGUGGCUUUUUCAGUCAUUUAUAAAUGAGCAGAAACGGAAUAAAUAAAACUUUGCUACCGGGAA